AUGCAUGCAAAUUUGGCAGUUGUCACAGAGCCCUUACCUGCUCAUGACCUUGUUCCUUUUGGCAUACGUGAUAUUGCACCCCUCAUACCUGACCCAGUUCCUGCACCCAUUGACCCUCCUGUUAUUGACCCACUUAUUCCUCCACCUGCACCCGCUGAUGUUGCUCCUUUUCACCCUGUGGAGUCUGAUGUUCAUCGUGUUGAUUUACCAAUAGUUUUCUUGCAGGACAUACCCGCACCCCGUCCAAGGGAAGGUACUUCAGGCCAGCAGCCUAGUCAUGACCCGCAUGUUUCAGCAACUUUUUCACAUAUCCCUCAGUCUGCACCUUUUGCUCCUUUCACUUCUUCGCCACUCGAUAAGCCAGUCCGAUGGUUCCCACCGUACACCAUGCCGAUUUCGGAUCCCUACCAUCCCUCUCAUUUUGUUGGUUAUACACGGGAUGAGCUACUUUUAUCACUUCAGCUUCAGUUUGAGAUUAUGAGUCGUAGGAUUUUGGAGCUUGAGAUGACUUUGCGCCCUUUACCAUGUCCUUGUCAGCCUGCUUUUGUUCCCCCUCGUUCAUCACCAUCUCCAUUUUUGCAUCCCCCUGCUCCACUUACUCCUUUCCCAGAGUUUGAUGCUCGAUUUCUCAUCGUCGAGCAGCAGAUCAGUUAUCUGUUGCGUCAUGUCUAUGAGCUUGAGGAGGAGCUUGCGCAUGUGCGCAGCUUGCUUUUCUUUCCUCCACCUCCUCCUCCCCCACCACCAUCAGCAUUGUUGGUUUUUGGUUUUAUGUAG